AAAGAAAAAUUUUGAUAUGAAAAUGAAUUCAUUAAAAGAUAAUGAAAUCCAGGCCUCUGAUAUGGACGAGAGCGCUAAAGAGAAUUUACUGCCAGUAACUGUACAAGAAGUGAGUGUACAAGAAAGUGGUGUCGUGGAUAAUGAUAAAAAGAAACGUCCCGAUGAAUCGAUUCCUUAUUCAGAGGCUUUGGAAAGAACAAAGUUUGGUAGAUUUAAUUAUUAUAUCAUCAUAUUAUCGGGUUUGGUAUUAUCUAAUGUUCUGUUGGAAACAUCUGGCGUAGCUUUCAUUAUGCCGGUCGCUCAGUGUGAUCUUGGGUUAACGAAUUUCCGAAAAGGUUUACUAAGUGCUAUCGGUUAUGUGGGAAUGAUUUUAAGUUCACAUCUAUGGGGUUUUCUAGCUGAUACAAAAGGUCGUCGCCGCGUUAUACGGCCAACAAUUUUGGCUUCAUUUGUUGUCACUUUAUUUUCUAGUUUUGCUACAAAUUUUUGGUUAAUCCUAAUUUUACGGCUACUCAACGGAUUCUUCAUAUCCGGUGGUUCGGCUACAAUCUAUGCUUACUUAGGUGAAUUUCAUAUGGAUCGUACACGUUCCCGGGCAAUGAUGGGCUCAGCAUUUAUAUUUGCCUUAGGUGCCAUGUGUAUGCCAUUCUUGGCAUUCAUAGUCAUAAAUCAAGACUGGUCUUUCCCAUUACCAUUCUUGGGUAUUAUUUACAAGCCUUGGCGUUUAUUUAUCAUUGUUUGCGGUAUAACUGGUCUAUUUUGCGGACUUUCUUUAUACUAUUUGCCUGAAAGUCCCAAAUAUUUACUUUCCGCUAAAAGAGAAGAAGAAGCUAAGCAAGUACUACAGAAGAUAUAUCGCAUAAAUUGUGGUAAAGAUGAAUUGAAGUUGCCUCACUUAUUGCCAGAAGAUGAUUGUGCCGAAAUCAAAAUAGCUAUGAAAAGUUCAAGUUUAUUGAAAACUUUUCUGAAUACGAUGUGGAAUCAAACAACUCCAUUAUUCCAUAAAAAGUAUUUACGUUCCACUCUGAUUGUGUGCACAACGCAAUUUUGGAUUUACCUCAUUGUUAACGGUCUGUAUAUGUGGUUUCCUCAUAUAAUCAAUUCAAUGAGUGAAUUUAUGAAUACUCAUCCCGGUGAAAAUAAACUAUUAUGUCAAAUUGUUUAUGACAAAGAUGAAUUUCUCUAUCAUAACGAUGGUUCAAUGGAAUGCACUAACAAAUUGGAGGAUACGACAUUCAUGUAUUCACUUUUAAUGGAAAUUUUAUAUGCAUCAUCGUUCGCCUUUUUAGGUUUAAUUAUAAAUCGCAUCGGAAAGAUAACGAUAUUAUUUAUAAUUAUUGUUUUCUUUACCUCUUGUGGUUUGGUUGCUGUUUGGCUGCCUUACACGCCAGUGGCGGCUAUCUUUUACGUUUUACUAUUUCUUGUAGGCGUAGCUAUAAAUGUUUUAGGAGCUGCCACAGUCGAGCUAUAUCCUACUCAAUUAAGGGCGAUGGCGAUGUGCAUAUCAUUGAUGAUGGGUCGCGUUGGCAGUGUUGUGGGUACGAAUUUUGUUGGUGCUCUUUUGUCUAGUUACUGUGAAUUAACGUUCUAUAUAUCCUGCUUUGCAAUGAUAUCGUGCGCCUUUCUAAUAUUAUUCUUACCAAAGAGUAUUAAAGAUAAAACCGGUAAAGAAUCGAAUUCGAAUGAAUGUUAGUUUCAUUUCGGUUUUUUUAAGUGUACUUAAGUUUUUAAUUUAUUGUUAGUAUUGCUUUUACACUUAAUUAUCUAUUUUAUAUAAAUAUGUUCGAAGGUGGCGCAUAGAUUUAAUAAUAAUUUGUACAGUUUUAGAAA